GGGUGAUGGCGGCCGUGGCGCUGCGGGGCCGGCGGGUUUAGCGCGGGCCCGGCCCUGGCCGCACUCGCUGCUCGGACAGUCGCUGUGCCUGCGAGCCGCCGCCGCCUCGCUGCGGGCCCCGGCCAUGUACGGAGGGGCCGGAGGGUCUCGACGGACUCCGGAAGAAGCAGGCCCGCCGCCCCUGAUGUUGUUGUCAGGCGGGGCAGCGGUGCCCGGGCCCCCCGGAGCAGGCGGAGGUGGAGGCGGGAAUAGCCGUGUGGAGCUGCUGGUGUUCGGCUAUGCCUGCAAGCUGUUCCGGGAUGAUGAGAAGGCCCAGUACCAGGAACAGGGGCGGCACCUUAUUCCUUGGAUGGGAGACCCCAAGAUCAUGAUCGAUAGGUAUGAUGGGCGUGGUCACCUGCAUGACCUCUCUGAGUACGAUGCUGAGUAUUCCACGUGGAACAGAGAUUAUCAGCUGUCGGAAGAGGAGGCUAGAAUAGAAGCCCUCUGUGAUGAAGAGAGGUAUUUAGCCUUGCAUACGGACUUGCUUGAGGAGGAGGCAAGGCAAGAGGAGGAAUAUAAAAGACUGAGUGAAGCUUUGGCAGAGGAUGGUACCUAUAAUGCAGUGGGAUUCCGUUAUGGCAGUGAUUAUUAUGACCCUUCAGAACCCACUGAGGAGGAGGAGCACCAGCCUGCAAAACAAAGAGAAGCAGCUCAGACAGAAAAUAUAGAGGAAAAUGAAGAACCUUUCGUUGCCCCUCCGGGACUGAAUGUACCCUCUGAUGUGGAACUGCCCCCGACAGCGAAGAUGCACGCCAUCAUCGAGCGGACGGCCAACUUCGUGUGCAAGCAGGGAGCGCAGUUCGAGAUCAUGCUGAAGGCCAAGCAGGCCCGCAACUCCCAGUUCGACUUCCUGCGCUUCGACCACUACCUCAACCCCUACUACAAGUUCAUCCAGAAGGCCAUGAAGGAGGGACGAUACGCGGCCCCUUCCGAGAGCAAAGCGGACGACAAGAAACACUCGAGAGUCAAAUCUGAGGAAGAUGAUGAUGAUGACGACGACGAUGAUGGAAAUUAUCUGCAUCCGAGUCUCUUUGCAUCAAAAAAAUGCAGUAGGCUCGAAGAGCUCAUGAAGCCUUUGAAGGUGGUAGACCCCGAUCACCCCCUUGCAGCGCUGGUGCGCAAAGCGCAGUCAGACAACAACUCCUCCACAGCACAGUCAGCAGACGGGGCAGCUGUGCAGACGUCACAGGCAGAAUACUCCUCUGAUUCAACGGUGGCAGCCAUGUAUUACAGCUACUACAUGCUCCCUGACGGCACCUAUUGCCUCGCACCUCCGCCUCCAGGAAUAGAUGUUGCCACCUACUACAACGCCCUGCCCGCAGGGGUGACUGUGUCCAGCACUACAGGGGUAGCAGCAGUGCCCCCCCCUGGCACCACACCCCCACCUCCCCCAGACACGAGUGACAGCAGCAGUGGGUUGACUUCCACCACAACAUCUACAAGCACAAUUGCUCCAGUGGUUGCCAUUAUACCUCCGCCUCCAGAUAUCCAACCCGUCAUUGAUAAGCUGGCUGAGUAUGUCGCUAGGAAUGGGGUAAAAUUUGAAACCAGUGUUCGUGCCAAGAAUGAUCUCAGGUUUGAGUUCCUGCAACCAUGGCACCAGUAUAAUGCUUAUUAUGAAUUUAAAAAACAGUUCUUCCUUCAAAAAGAGAGCAGUGACAACUGCCAGGGAGUAUCUUCCUCUGAAGAUGUUCCAGCAGACACUGCCAGUGAUACACCAAGUGAGACUCAGUUUGCAGAUGAACAUGCACCUGAGGAUGCAUCUGAGCCAAGCUCUAAAGGAGUUCCAGGAACUAAAAAAGAUGUUCCUCCUCCUAAAGCUGUCAGUGAUGGCAAACUGGUGAAAGCAUCGUUUGCUCCAAUAAGCUUUGCAAUCAAGGCCAAAGAAAACGACCUCCUUCCUUUGGAGAAAAACCGGGUUAAAUUAGAUGAUGACAGCGAUGAGGAGGAAGAGGAGGGAAAGGAAGGCCAAGAGAAUGCAAACAGUGCUUCAAACCACACCCCAGCAGUUACCACCCCUUGUGCUGCUCCAGAAGAGAAGAAACCUCAGCUUACACAGGAGGAGCUGGAAGCUAAACAAGCAAAGCAGAAACUAGAGGACAGAUUAGCAGCUGCUGCAAGGGAGAAGCUUGCCCAGGCUUCCAAAGAAUCCAAGGAGAAGCAGCUGCAAGCAGAGCGCAAAAGGAAAGCUGCGCUGUUCUUGCAGACCCUGAAAAACCCUCUGGCAGAGGCAGAGACUGAGAAAAUGGAGGAGAAUUCCUUCAGUAACGAGACUGUCAAUAGUAUACCAUGUCCUGUGACUGCAGUCAGAACUUUACCCACCUUGGAAGUCAAACAGGCAGAAAGGCCUUCAAGCAGAAGCAGAGAUCCUCCCAGGGAUGAAGAAAAGGAGAAGAAAAGGAAAAAACACAAGAAAAGAUCUCGGUCGAGAUCUCGAUCGCCAUUCAAGUAUCACUCAUCAUCUAAGUCCAGAUCCAGGUCACACUCAAAAGCAAAGCACUCACUUCCCACUGCCUACAGAACUGUCAGGCAUUCAAGGUCACGAUCCAGGUCUCCCAGGAGAAGGGCUCACAGCCCCGAGAGGCGGCGGGAGGAGAGGAGCGUCCCCACAGCCUAUCGGAUCAGCAACAGCCCCGGCAACAGCAGGAAACGGCCCCGCUCCAAAAGUCCCCAUGAAAAGAAGAAGAAGAGGCGGUCUAGAUCACGUACCAAAUCCAGAGCCAGGUCUCCCUCACCAUCCAUGUCACCAGGCAAACCAUCCACACACAAAAAUUCCGCACAUUCAACCAGUGUCUCUCCUGUGGAGAGCAGGGAAUCCAGCCAGGAACGCUCCAGGGGAGUUUCUCAGGAAAAAGAUGGCCAAAUCUCUUCAGCAAUUGUGUCUUCAGUGCAGAGUAAAAUCACUCAGGAUCUUAUGGCCAAAGUGAGAGCAAUGCUUGCAGCUUCCAAAAACAUCCAAACUAGUGCCUCCUGAGACCUGUUGAACUGACCAUCAAGAAAUUGUGUGACAAAAGAACAAUUGGGAAAAAAAAAACAAAAA